UCCUCCAUGUUCGUGGCAGUCACAGGCCCCGUUGCUAAGCCACCACCGAAUCCUGCUCAUCUGCUCCUCUCUCUCUCUCUCCUCCCUUCUCAUUUCCGAUUAAAAUCCUUUCAUCUUCUCUCUCAUUCUGUCUCCGCCGGCGCCGCCGCCGCCAUGAAGGGACCAGGGCUCUUCUCGGACAUUGGGAAGAAGGCCAAAGAUCUUCUGAACAAGGACUACAGCUGUGACCAGAAGUUAACCAUCUCGACCUACAGCGCCUCCGGAGUGGGCCUUACUUCUGCUGCUGUGAAGAAAGGGGGACUUUAUUCUUUUGACAUUGGUACACAAUACAAGUACAAAAACACCCUUAUCGAUGUGAAAGUCGACACAAAUUCAAAUAUCUCAACAACUCUCACCUUGUCAGAGAUUUUGCCAUCUACGAAAACUAUUGCUUCUUUUAAGCUGCCAGAUUACAAUUCUGGAAAGCUAGAGAUUCAAUAUUUCCAUGACCAUGCAAGUGUUGCCACUGCUGUGGCCUUGAAGCAAUCACCUGUUGUUGACCUCUCUGGGACAAUAGGUGUCGAUGGCAUUGCGUUUGGUGCAGAGGCUGGUUUUGACACAGCUUCAGGAACUUUUACCAAAUACACUGCUGGAAUAAGCUUGGGAAAACCGGAUUAUAGUGCUUCCAUAAUUUUGGCGGACAUGGGAGACACACUCAGAGCUUCAUAUAUUUUCCAUUUGGAUGAGAUGCAAAAGAAUGCUGUGGUUGGAGAAGUUACAAGAAGGUUCUCUACCAAUGAAAACACAUUCACUGUUGGAGGGCAAUAUGUCAUUGAUCCUCAAACAACUGUGAAGUCGAAGCUCGAGAACUCUGGGAAGCUUGCAGCACUUCUACAGCAUGAGCUGAAGCCCAAGUCAAUUUUGACCGUCUCUGGUGAGUUUGACACCAAGGCCUUGGACAGGGCUCCCAAGUUUGGUCUCGCACUCGCUCUCAAGCCAUGAACGGUCCGUGGACAGAGGGUGAAAAUUGAAUUUCUCAGUUGGGUCCAGAAGUUACAGGCAAUAAAUUAUACUGCUGACAUUUUCUUGUUGAAGUUUUGGAUCAGUGUGGAUAAUUGGUUGAUGUGGGUGGGUUUUUCCUCUUCUUACUGUUUUUCUUUUAUUUUUGGAGAUAACUUGAUCUCUGGUAGAUAUGUAAUGUUAUUUCCUCUCAAGGUGCUUCGCUCAUUAAAUGUGAGAAAUUAUCACAGUAGUUUGUCUUGCUGAAUUUGCAUUUGAGAAUGA